UUAUAUCCUUCCAAGAUGACGCUUAUCCGGGCAGUGAUGAAGGUGAUCCCGUAGCCCUUGUCAAUGCAACCGCCAAUACAGCAGCUGAUCAAAAGGCUAAGCCUACAUCAGAUGGACCAGAUUCAAAAUUCACGAAACGCGCUCGGUUGACUAAUACUUGGAACUACCAUGAUUCCGCCUGGCUAUCAACAACCAAAGAUGAGAUCGUUUACACGGAUGGAGUUAUCGUCUCCAAAAAUUACUUCCCCUACGGUGACAGCCAGUUAUUUCCAGGAUACAUGGUCAUCAAUUCCAAGGGUGAAAAAGGCUUUGUGGAACAGGAGAUAUUUACACGAAGUAAACCCACAACGCUCGCAGACGCUUGGUUCAUUUAUUCAAUUCCUCGUCAGCGUCAGUCAAAAAGAGAUCGUCAAAAAGUCGUCAAGGUCAUAAAAGUCAUGAACCUGAGCAAAGCAGCUCCCACCAAGGUCAAGCAAGGUCAACUACCUCCUGCUCCUCCUCUUCAUCCAACUCCACAUCCCAACCCCAGUCAACCUCCUCACAAGCACCUUCAACACAACAGCACACACGCCAAUACCCACGAGCACGAGGGCUUCUUGGCGGGUUAUCCAGAGCUGAAGAGAUGGGCCAAGAUCGAAUCCGCUCCAAAAUUCUGGCUUUCCCCCAUCAACUAUGUGUUCCUUUACCCUCUCAUUUGGUAUCUCUUCGUCGUCUUUCAUGCUUUCUUGAGCAUUCCCCUGCCCUUCUACUCUUUCUUCAUCAUUUACCUUCCCUGUCCCUUCGUCUUUUCUCUCGAUGGAUUUACCUCCCUCACCAACACCACAAACCUUCCUCCCCCUACCGGUCCUAACACUCCCACUCGUACUCCCUCCACCACCAACGGCUGUAGCCCCAGCGCGCUUAACAGUCUCACCCAACUCCAACUCUCCGCUCCCGUUAUCGGGUGUGCAGCAGGAGAGUGGUGGGAGAAGAGAGCAGGUCCGCCAUGCUCGGUUCGUCCCUUUCGGAUAAUUGGGAUGGAGCGGUUCGUAGCCUCCUUCUGUUUCUGUUUCUGGCUCAGUUUGCGUGUCAGGACCACCGGAGGAACGUCAUCACCAGACGUAUUUAUCGGAACAUCAUCACCGAACGUAUCCCUCGGAACAUCAGAUAACCCAAUCAACCCCUCGACUCCAACACCAGGCCGUGGUCUAGGAUGA